UCCAGUUGAGUGACUGAAUAGGCUACUUUUUCCACUUAUAAAGAGAGACAAGAGAAAAUGUCAGAGAAGAGAGACACUCCAACUUCUACAUGAAUCCGAGAACCAUCACAGCUUUAGAUUCAACGGGGACAUUGAAACUAUUUUAUUACAUAAUAACUCUGUAACAGUCAAUCGGAACUGGUACCGACUGACACUUCAGCUUCAGUGCAACCACUGAUUUGUGUUUGGUAGCCUAAAUUCGGUCUUAGCUACUGAAACCUGGUUGAUUUGAACUAACUGUCAUGUUGUUAGGCCUAUUAGAAUUACAACGGAAAUAUGUAGAACUAUAAUCAGGAUCAAAAUCUGUAGACAAUGAAAGUUGGGUUUUGUGAACAUCCGUGUGAGAGAACUGUCAACAAGUGCGCAUUGCUUCAAAUGCACGAGGUCGCACUGAUCAACCAAAAAGGCAAAUAGUCAACUUGCUCUUUCCGCGACAUCAAUUUCUUUUCAUGGUUUUUGGGCGAUACAAACGACUUUUUCCAAGUUUCAAAAUUGCAUUCAACAAUUGCAACAAAAGUUCCACUCCUGUCAUCUCUUUCAUUCAUCCCCUUAUCAACUUUUCUCCUCUAUUCCUUUCCUAUUCUCUCCUUUCUCACAAACCCCAUCUUUUCAACUUGUUUUUCAUAAACUUUACAUCUUCCUCUUUCUGACCCCCUCGCCCUCUUCACCCCUCUCCCUCACAUUCCUUUUCCUCCCGCUUAUCCACUCAAUCUCCCCCUCAACCCUGGUUUUCGAUCCCUCUCCUCCCAUAAAGCUGCAGCCAUGACCUCGGCCACUCCCCCGUCCUCACGUGGCCCCUCUCCCGAAAAGGUGUGUCACUCAAUGACCCAGACGGAGGUUCUGAAGCCGCUGCUGGGGGCGGUGGGGGAGGCAGCGGCAACGGUCUGUGCGCUCCGACGGAGACGACGCGUUCUCUCCAAGGACGGGCACAGCAACGUGCGCAUCGAGCAUGUGAGCGGGCGCGGGGCGCUGUACCUGCGUGACAUCUGGACGACCUUCCUGGACAUGCAGUGGCGCUACAAGCUCUUCCUGUUCUCGGCCACCUUCGCCGGGACCUGGUUCCUGUUUGGGGUUCUGUGGUACCUGGUGGCGCUGGUGCAUGGAGACCUGCUAGAGUUUGACCCGCCGUCCAACCACACCCCGUGUGUGAUGCAGGUGCAGACCCUAACGGGGGCGUUCCUCUUCUCGCUGGAGUCCCAGACCACCAUUGGCUACGGCUUUCGUUGCAUCACAGAGGAAUGUCCUGCCGCCAUCAUCCUCCUCAUCCUCCAGCUUGUCAUUACCAUGGUUCUGGAGAUCUUCAUCACAGGAACCUUCCUCGCCAAGGUGGCGCGGCCCAAGAAGAGAGGCGAGACAGUGAAGUUCAGCCGGCACGCCGUGGUGUCCAAUCACGAGGGCCGACCCUGCCUCAUGAUCCGAGUGGCCAACAUGCGCAAGAGCCUGUUACUGGGCUGCUCGGUAACAGGGAAGUUGCUCCAGACAUCCCAGACCAAGGAGGGGGAGACGGUGCGACUGGACCAGAGGAACGUUCCCUUCCAGGUGGACAUGUCCAGCGACAGCCCCUUCCUCAUCCUCCCACUCACCUUCUACCACGUCAUUGAUGACAGCAGCCCACUCAGAGCCUGGGCCAUCAAGGGAGGGGGAUGGACGGAUCCGGAUCUGGCAGAAUUUGAGCUGCUGGUGAUCAUGAGUGCCACGGUGGAGCCCACCUCCGCCACAUGCCAGGUGCGCACCUCCUACCUGCCUGACGAGAUCCUGUGGGGGUACGAGUUCCCCCCCGUGGUCUCCCUGUCCCCCUCGGGGAAGUAUGUGGCCGACUUCGCCUUCUUUGACAAGGUGGCCAAAACAAAGACCACCCCCCUCGUCAAACAGGCCUCGCCCCCAAGCCCAGCCAUGCGCUCCUCCCUUUACCAUGGCAGCAACAGAGGGGGCGCGGAGGAAGGGGCAGACCCGGAGAAGAUCAAACUGGAGGAGGGCUAUAGAGGGGAGGAGAGGGGGAGGGGCAGGGGGCGAGAUAGUAGUCUUCUCAGUGUCCGUAUCAGCAAUGUCUAGAGAGAGAGAGAGCACGAGUAGGAUGCAAUGAGAGAGCAAGGAGAUAUGAUAGGAGAUAUGUAUGGACAUUGAACAAUUAUCAAGUGAGAAAACAUUAUUGAAUGCAAUAGAGAAGAGCUGCUCCCCUGUUGGGAAACGUGAACACAAAACACACACACUUACACACACAUGCGCUUGUGUUUUGGAUUUGAUGGGAAUGUAUCACCCCUUGUGGUUGAUGAGGAUUCCACAAGCAAUAACCUGGAAAGGGACAACAUACUGUACAGCCGAUCUGGGUUUACUGUACUGUAAUCAAAGAUGGACUAAAGGGGCUUUUUAAACUUCAUAUGUCUGUAUUUUUUUAAUGAAAGUACUUGUGUAACUAUAAAGGUUGACUGGUUUAUGUGAACAUAACAUGGUUUACUUGGACAUAAUCACAGAAUCAUGGUACUGUCUGUUUUUUACACAAAAAGGUACUGGGAGUGGAAGCACUGGAAUACAAACUAUUUUUCUUGAAGGAUUUUGACUGAAUAUAUCAUAUUGUAUGUAUGUGUGUAUGUACUCAUUCUUCUGAAUAUAUGUUUAGCAGGGCUGGGGUAAAUUACGUUUCAAUUCCAGUCAAAAAAGUAAAGUAAACCAAAUUCCAAAUCCAAAUGGUCCUUCUUGAAAAGCAUUGAAAAUAAUUGUUAUUUCAGUGUACAUCCUCAAUUGUCUGGCAUUGAAAUGGAAUUGACACCAACCCUGAUGUUCAGAGUUUGUUCUUUUAUGUUUUCUUUUCACUGGAAUAUAUGCAUUGAAGAUGUAUGUUAACAAUACUAAAAGCACUUUAACUUGGUGGAAAAUUGUACUUUACACAAUGGAGAGUAAUGGGACUAACUUCCUAAUUUCAUGCGCUGUGUGUGUGUCCGUGUGCGUGUGUGUGCAAGCAUGUUUAUAUGAGUCAAUGUGAGUGCAAUUCUGAAUGUGUAUGUACUUCUUAUUCAUAAUGCACUUCAAAACCUGAACACUUAUGCCUUUUGAUAUGUCAAUGUCCUUUUUACAGUACAGUCGUGGCCAAACGUUUUGAGAAUGACACAAAUAUACAUUUUCAAAGUCUGCUGCCUCAGUUUGUAUGAU